AUGAGAUUGUCAGCAGUACUAUUGGGGCUGACAUUGGUGGUGGCGUCCACACUGGCCAAGGAUUGGUGGGAGAAUGGCAAUUUCUAUCAAAUCUAUCCGCGAUCAUUUCGUGACAGCGAUGGUGAUGGUAUUGGUGAUUUAAAUGGUGUCACCGAAAAACUACAAUACCUCAAAGAUUUGGGUUUCACUGCCACCUGGCUUUCACCCAUAUUCAAAUCGCCCAUGGCUGAUUUUGGUUAUGACAUUUCCGAUUUCUAUCAAGUCCACCCGGAAUAUGGUACCAUGGAAGAUUUUGAAAAUAUGAUACGCAAAGCCAAAGAAGUUGGUAUUAAAAUUAUUCUCGAUUUCGUACCCAAUCACUCCAGUGAUGAAAAUGAAUGGUUCAUAAAAUCGGAAAAUAAUGAUCCAGAAUAUCGUGACUUCUAUAUAUGGCAUAAUGGCAAGGUGAAUGCCACAACGGGAGAACGCGAACCACCCAAUAACUGGAGGAGUAUUUUCCGCUACAGUGCCUGGCAAUGGAGUGAAAAACGCCAACAAUAUUAUCUCCAUCAAUUCGCCAUUAAACAACCCGAUCUGAAUUAUCGCAAUCCCAAAGUGGUGGAGGAAAUGAAAAAUGUUCUACGUUUUUGGUUGGCCAAGGGUGUGGCUGGCUUCCGUAUUGAUGCAGUGCCAUUUUUGUUUGAAGUUGAAAUGGGUCCGGACAACAAUUACCCGGAUGAAGAAUUGGCCGAUAACAAUGAUUGUCCCGAUCCCGAAGAUAAUUGCCAUUAUAAACAUGUUUAUACACAGGAUCGUCCAGAAACUUUCGAUAUGGCCUAUCAAUGGCGCGCUGUUGUCGAUGAAUUCAAAAAAGAGCACGGUGGUGAUACCAGGAUCCUAAUGACAGAGGCCUAUACCAGCUUCGAAAAUAUUUUACGUUUCUAUGGUGAUGGCAAGAGGAAUGGUUCCCAUAUUCCAUUUAAUUUCGAUUUCUUAUCAAAUGUUUCCAAUUCCACGACGGCUGGAGUUAUGGUGGAGCAUAUCAAGAAAUGGAUGGCUGCCAUGCCAAAGGAUGUUCGUGCCAAUUGGGUGCUGGGUAAUCAUGAUAAUAAACGCGUGGCCUCCAGGUUGGGUGUUAAUAGGGCGGAUUUGUUUAAUAUUCUCUUGCAGACAUUGCCUGGAAAUGCUGUGACCUAUAAUGGUGAAGAAUUGGCCAUGACCGAUGUGUAUAUUAGCUGGGAAGAUUCUGUGGAUCCCCAGGCUUGUAAUGGCAAUCCUCAGACCUACUAUGGUUUGUCCAGAGAUCCGGCUCGUACUCCCUAUCAAUGGGAUGCCUCAAAUAUGGCAGGUUUCACCAGCGGCGACCAUACCUGGCUACCCGUCUCCGAUACUUAUGUGACCGUCAAUGCCUUGGCCCAACUGCGUGCUCCUCAAUCCCACUUGCAAAUCUUUAAGAAAUUGACAAAAUUACGCAAAGAACCCUCAUUCCAGGAUGGCGAAUUAAAUAUCGAAGCCAUUGGCGAUGAUAUUGUCAUUUAUUCGCGUCAGAAGGAGGGUAGUGAUCUAUAUGUUGUCGUUUUGAAUUUGGGUAAAACUGAUCAAACAAUUGAUAUUAAUCAAUAUUUCCAAAUGGGUUCGAAGGCUGAAGUUAUUACCGCUUCGAUUCAGUCCAGCAAUGUUGAUGGACAAGUCAUCAAUCCCAGUCAAUUUAAGGCCGAAGCUGGUGUGGGUACAGUUUUGGUGAAAGUCUGA